AUGAAGACCAGCAUCACUCUGCUUCUUGGUGUGGCCUUCGCUGGUGUCGGCACGGCUUGCUCCACGCCGGGUAACUUUACAAUCACAUUUUACGGCUAUCCAGAUAAUUCUCCUCCUGGCCCGGGCUCCGGCACCUACGAUGACCCCGUCACAAUCGCGACUGCGCCCGGCGAGCUCAACGUUUGCGAGAUUGUAUAUCUUCCUCUUCUCACUAAAUACGGUCGUUAUGAGGACGACUGUGCCCAGUGCACCACCGACUACAACAACGGGCAACCUCACAUUGACAUCUGGACCGGAUCUGCCACCACCAAUGGCGGCCAGAACCAGAUUAAUUGCGAAGAUGAUCUCACCUUGGGCGGCCGCUACACUAUCGUGCGCGAUCCGCCGACCAAUUACGGCGUCAACACUUCACCUCUCUUUGUGCCCCCUAAUACCUGCAACACGCAGAAUGUCUACCCUAACAACCCGGCUCAUUGCUAG